AUGACGAACGAAGCUCCGAAGGGCUUGCGAGCGAAUAUGACCGGAUCAUACAUGACGGACCCCAUAUCGAACUCGGAGUUCUUCGACGGCUGCCAUCAGGACCACACCUUCAAGAGGUUGACAUUCAACCUGUGCUUCUUCCACGCCGUGAUUCAGGAAAGGCGUCUUUAUGGCCCUCUUGGCUGGAACAUUCCUUACGAGUUCACCGAGAACGAUCUCCGCAUAUCUGUGCGCCAAUUGCAGAUGUUCCUGGACGAGUAUCCAGACGAGACGCCCUUAAAAGCCCUCAAUUAUCUCACUGGCGAAUGCAACUAUGGCGGGCGCGUGACAGAGAAUAUGGACCGGCGGCUGCUCAUGGUUUUACUGCGCCAGUACUACCGACCAGAGGCCCUCUCCGACGACUUUGUCAUCUUUGAGGACAACGGCCUCCGGUAUCUGCCGCCACCACGUGUGUCCAUGCCCACCCAGGAGAGGGCGAGCCCAGCUCCCACGACCUCCACCUCGAGCACAUCCGCAGCAUGCCGCUCGUGUCGCCGCCGGGGGUCUUCGGGUUCCACGAGAACGCGAGCCUGA